UGUAGGUGAAGUUGGAUGCACCAGGAAAAGUAGGCUGAGAGUACCUACUCUGGCAGCUGUGUUGACUUUCUGGAAAAAUGCUUGAAGCUGGGAUAGUUGGGGCUGUCAUUUCGGUGACCCUCAUCCUACCAAUCCUAAUUGUCUUCCUCAUAUUUGGGUUGCUCAUUUUUAUAUUGGGUUUUUACCUAUCAAAGCCUUCACCAAGCAUGGAUUUCUCCACAUUAAGGAGAAAGCAUGUCAUGAUCACAGGUGGAUCCAGUGGCAUCGGGAGGAGCCUUGCCCUACGAGCAGCAAGAAUGAGUGCUAACAUUAGCCUGAUUGCCAGGGACCUGAGGAAACUUGAAGACACAGUGGAGGAAGUGAAGAAGAACAUGCAGAAUCCAUUAGAACAAAGGGUUUACGUCAUAUCAGCUGAUGUGUCAAGCGAUUGGGAAGGGCUGAAGGAGAAACUGAAGGCAGCUGAGAAUGAGCUGGGCCCCGUUUCCUAUCUCAUCAACUGUGCUGGCUUUUGCAUCAGUCGGGUCUUUGAGGACCUCAGGGAGAAGGAUUUUAGGAGUAUGAUGGAUGUGAACUUCAUGGGGUCAGUCGCAGUCACCAGGGCAGUGAUUGAGGGAAUGAAGGAGAAGCGUGAGGGGCACAUUGUGUUUCUCUCCUCGCUCGCAGGGGUUUUUGGGAUGUAUGGCUUUACUGGGUACUCUCCAUCCAAGUUUGCUUUGAAAGGCUUUGCAGAAGCCCUUGCCAUGGAAGUGAAGCCAUGGGACAUUCAUGUGACACUGGCCAUGCCUCCUGACACUGACACUCCUGGGUUUGCUCAAGAGGAGAUGGGGAAGCCUGAAAUAACAAAGAAGAUCUCUGGAACAGUGGAUCUAAAGCCGUGUGAUGAAGUGGCUGAGGCAAUUUUCAAGGACAUCUUGGCCAGGAGAUUUCUCAGCACGUGCGGGUCGCUCCUCGGAGAAGCGCUGACUUCCGUCGCCGUGGGCAUGAGUCCGAAGGACGGCCCCGUGCGUCUCCUGGGCCAGGUGACGACCCGAUUCGUGUUCGGCCUCGGACCCUUGAGGAUCGUCACGGUGGCAAUAUUGCAUCACUUCGAUCGCCUCGUCGCGAGGGGACUCGAGGAAGCCGGAACCCCGUCGGCGCAGCCGGGAUCCUCUCCCGUUCUCCGGCCUUCUUGAUGUUUCUCGCCUUUCUGCUUCACUCGUGACGAGGUCACGUCGUUCGGUCGUCCGAGCGGGUAUUAACGAGGGUCUUGGGGACUGGUGGAGGUCGUCACCACUUGGUCAUCGGCUUCCUGGUGCGGUGCUGGAAAAACUUGCCCGUUCAUAUAUUCACCACACUGGGAUUGGAGAAGAUUUGGAUGAAUUUUUUCCAUGGAGGCAAUCCUGUUUUUGUCCUUUUCCAAUUUGCUACGUGAUCUGUCUGUGAUUGGAGCCGUAUGCUUGGGUAAUGUAAACCCUUAUAACUCCCAGUACCAGGAAGUUUUUCCAUCCAUGCUCCUGCAUGGGUCAGGGUCAUAUACCUCACUGUGAUAAUCAUGCAACACAUAAUCUUUUUUUUUUCAUUGAGUUAAAUUUGAUGUAUUUUCCUCCCCCCUUUUUUCUUCUUUUGUUGCACAUUAUGCAAGUUAAUUUUUUCAUGAGUCACUGUAUAUUUAUUACAGUCCAUAUAUAAGAGGUGUUCAGGAU